ACUAACAGUAUACAUUGGCUGCCAGUCAGCGACUGACGUCUUCCAAACUCUUGUUUAUCUCAAUUAUGGCUAUUUUGAAUUUUGAGAGACUCAUUUUCUACUUAUCAAUUCAUUGAAAAUAGCAAAACUCUAUGUGAUCACUGUGAUUGUUCAAAUGAAGAGUGAAAUUGUGACGAUCAAUUGAUUGCAGUGGUAAAUUGAACUGAAUGGAUUGAUUGACAUUCUGGGUAAACAAUGGAAGUAUUCAGGCGAUUUUCCACUGUCGACGAAUAACAGCCACUUGUUGCUUUUACUGGAGACUAUUUGGGAUUAGUAGUAAAUGUUCAUCAAUUUGUGAUUGCGUGGAUGUCAUGGUGACAAUGAUGGAGCUGCUUCAGCAGGAGAGAAGCUGUGAGAAUGGGCUGGAGUACUCGAAGUACUUGCAAUCAUCUCACACGAAAAUCAUGAAUCACGUGCAACAUCCAUUGCAAAAUCCACUGCAGAAUCCAGUGCAGAGCCAAGAUGAUCAGCUGAAUGUUGGAGAUCACAACACGAGUUUCAAUGGUACCAAGGGAUUGCUCAACAAACCUGGCCAAAACAAUUGCUUCCUCAAUAGCGCAAUACAAGUACUGUGGCAUCUCGAUAUCUUCCGGAGGAGUUUCCGUGAGCUGUCCGGACAUGCCUGUAUGCGAGAAUCCUGUAUCUUCUGUGCUCUCAAGGAUUUAUUCUCACAGUUGCAAUUCUCACAAGAGAGUGCACUGCCUCCUGAUGCACUACGACGAGCACUCGCUGAAAGUUUCCUGGAUCAACAACGCUUCCAGCUUGGGUUCAUGGACGAUGCAGCUGAGUGUUUCGAAAAUAUACUUCUACGAAUUCACCUGCACAUUGCGAACGGAGAGGCCGAGGAUAUGUGCAGUGCAAGACAUUGCGUACCUCAUCAAAAAUUCGCUAUGACACUUGUAGAGCAAAGUGUUUGUGGUGCUUGUGGUGCUACUUCGGAGCCCUUACCCUUCACCCAAAUGGUCCAUUACGUAUCGGCCUCAGCGUUGACCUCUCAAGUCCGUCCAUCCACGAUGAUCGACAAAACCAGUGCCGAUUUCUUCGGUCAACUAUUGAGAUGCGCUGGUGGAAUGGGAGAUAUUCGCGACUGUCCAAGUGCAUGCGGUGCAAAAAUUCAGAUAUGUCGAACCCUAAUGAAUCGACCAGAAAUAGUAUCAGUGGGUGUUGUAUGGGAUAGCGAAAGGCCGUCCCUGGAGCACAUAAUGGAUGUAUUCGCGACAAUCGGCACAAAUCUACGAUUGAUCGAUGUAUUCCAUAGUGUUGUCGACUCGAGAUGGGGUACCUCAACAGUUCACAAUCUUGUUGGUGUGGUAACGUACUACGGUAAGCACUACUCAACCUUUUUCUUUCACACGAAACUGAAGGUGUGGAUCUACUUCGACGACGCUACAGUCAAGGAAAUCGGCCCACGCUGGGAGCAGGUGGUAGAGAAAUGCAGAAGAGGUCGUUAUCAGCCACUGCUGCUGCUGUAUGCCACCCCAGGUGGCACACCAGUGAACACAGAGAACGCCCCUAAGCUGGUGACAGCAUUUCCAACUGUUAACACCAUGAAGGUCCCCCUGAAGAACACCAGGCGAUCAAUAACCCCGAGCCCAGAGAAACCGAUCAACAAUACAGCAAGACGCGCCAUCACACCAAAUCCCGAACAUCCACCUCACGUCUACACUCAGAGAAGAGUCUACAAUGACUACCAGAAUCUCACAGAUAUUCAAAAGACAAUAUUCACAAAUGAUAAUGUGGAUGCAGGGGACGGCGCUGUUGACUCGAAGUACAUAAGUCGUCGAGCUGUGGAAAGUGUGAUGUAUCAGCAGAAAAAACAACAGAUGCAAUUGACAAGAAGCCUCAGUGCAGGUGCAGCCCCCCAGGAUGGCAUCAACAUACCAGACCACUUGAAUGUCUCACGACGAAGAGAUUCAGGGAAUUGGUCAGGGGAUCGCAACAGUGCAUCAUCAAGCUCCUCCACGACUAUGGACAACCCCUAUCUCUACAUUGUAAACAAAAUGCAGAGAAAUUCGGGCAUUCCAAAGAGUCCGACAAGUAAAUCCGGAGAGAUGUCGAGCAGUAGUUCCGGUCACUAUGACGCGGGUUACGACUCGUAUUCAUUAUCCUCAAAUGACAGUUUGCCUCUUCAACACACGCUGAAGCACAAUCUACAGCUUGCCCAAAUACCAGAAAGCUAUCAGACUUCCCUCGAUGACGAUUGCGAGCGUCUCUGCAAGGAGACAGAUGCAUUACUAGAUAAAUCACGUGCCGCUGAGGACGCAGGGGACUUGGGUACUGCUGCAGCUCUGUGUAAUGCUGCAAGCAGCAAAGCCAGAGCUGCCAUGGAUGCGCCCUACAAUAAUCCCCACACCAUCACGAUAGCCAGGAUGAAGCAUAAUACUUGUGUGAUGAGGUCUAGGAGCUUGCAUCGAAGAAUACUCCAGGAGCAGGUGGUUAUGAGUGGAGAAAAGGACGAAACUGUGCCAGAGGGUAGACACUCAAGGGAGAACAGUAAGUCAGGGCAGCAUUCUCGUCAGAAUUCAAGAGACAAGGGUAAUCACUCACGUCAGAACAGUCGUGAAUUGCUGGUUAAUGCUUCGGUCUUGUUGGAGAAACCCGUUACCAAGAACAUUGAGAUUUACGCGACAUUACCGAAGAAGAAAAACCUCCGAAAGUCGGCAAAUGUCAUUGAGGACGAGGAGUACAUGCUUUACGAUAGGCCAACGCAGAGAACAGGCAUUUUGGGACGUGUGAGGAGGUGUGAUGACGACAAGAAGGAUAAGAAGAGAGCGAGGAGUGAGGAGAGAAAUAAAAACGUGUCCAAGGACUUCUCUAUAGCUCCGUCGAGGCUGUCUGUAUCGCCGAAGACUGUUAAAUCAGAAAAAACGAGUGAUGCAAACAAAGAGGUCAUUAAAAGUGGAAGAGGUGGCGAGACAGCUCAGGCGGGAGAUCAGAAGGGGAAGAAGCAGCAUAAGAUAAGGAGGAAGCUACUCAUGGGGGGCUUGAUAAAACGAAAGAACCGGAGUAUGCCAGACCUCAGGGAGGGCCAGGCUCAGCCAUCUAACCACCAGGAUGCAUCCAGUCUGCCUAAACAGUCGGUCGAUGAUUCGAGUGUCGGUUUGAAAGGAAAUGUUGGCCAAGGCUUGAGUGGUUAUCUGUCGGAAGGGCAUUUGGAAUUCACUGGAAAUGUCACGACUAAUCCCAAUUUGGAACGCAGUCGUUUGAUGAGGAAGAGCUUUCAUGGUAGUGCCGGGAAGGCGUUGCACGUUGCCAAAGUACCACCACCACCGCCCCUCAGGACGACUUCUCAGCUUAGCAAGUCUAAGUGUCACGAAGUGCGCAAUGAGCAACAGGUGGAACAGUCGGCGAUACUUAAUGAACAGUCUGUCAAUGGUCAAGGGGAAGUUACCAGCAAUGGCUACUGGAAUCUUUCGAAUCAAUCCAAUUUUUAUACUAAAUCUUCUAAUGAUAAGAGUUACGAUUACUCAGCGGAGCCGCAUUCCCUGCCCUUUCUCCCUUCAUACAAUGAACAGAGUAAACACUCGGGAUUCACAUCCAAUCAACAGGGAUAUGACAAUAAAAUUCAGGAUGACGUUGUUAAAUACGCCAAUGGGAUUCUGUAUGAACCAGUGCUCGUUGUUACUCAUGCUGAUGUACACAGUGAGCAGAGCCCGGGAAAAAGUCAGGUGGAGGCAUUGCCGCCAUAUCCUGUGCACGCCAAUAUCGUCUCACAUUCUCGACAAUCGAGUGAGGAUUUUCCACCGCCACCGUAUCCAACAGCAGCUAGUGUAGCUCACUCGAGACAAGCAUCGGAAGAUUUUCCACCUCCUCCAUCUCCAUUGGAGGUUGAGAACUCUCAGGUGAUGCAAAACGUUCAACCGUUGACACACACACAGACGGAGGUACAGCAAUUAAGCACUUUACUGGCGCAAUUGCAGAUGAAGCGGCAAUUGAUGCUGGAGACAAAUCAGGUGCAAGACGCCCGACUAAAUCGAGGGGAAGUGCGCGAUGAGGAGAAUAAUUCCAAUGAGACUUGGCUGAAGGAGCUUCAGGCCAAACAGGCUGAGAGGAAAGUCAAAAGAGGAGCACUCGAUGGCCAGGAGGUGCCCAAGAGUAUUGCGAGGAGAACUAGUGAUCUGAUGAUGAAUAGUUUGGGGCAGGGGAUUGUACAAUCCACGGGACACGAUGUCAUUGAUUGUCCCAAGGUUGCUUCGUCCGUCCGGGACAUGGCUGCGAGAUUCGAGAAGAUUAAAUCCCAACCAGAGGCUCAAAGCGAGAUUGACAAUAGAGGGAUCAACUCAACCAGUUUAGUAAAUGAAGUUCGAAGGCAAAGUGUGGAGCCACCGAAUCAGCCACCAGUCGACAAUAGUCCACCCCCGAAGACUGAUAAUCAAAUGCCUGUUUCGGCCAAUUGCGACUACAACUCCAUCCAGAAUAGGAUUGAUUUAAUGUCGCCAUCAGCAGUACCUCAGACCAAUAGUCUGAAUGCUGCAAUACUAUCGAUGUCAUUGACACUGCCCCACGAGAAUGGCCUGCCAAUAGAUUGCCCUGAGGACGACAUAAGUGAAGUCGCAAUGCAGAAUACCAUUCAAAAUACAACAAUUCUACCCAAUGAGGAAGACAUUGCACCGAGAAAAACGAAGAAUAGAAUUGGAAAGAAGAAGAGUGUAUCAUUCUGCGAUCAAGUUGUAUUGGUCGCAACUGCUGAGGACGAUGAGAAGGACUCUUACAUACCAAAUCCUAUUCUCGAGAGGGUACUACGUUCAGCAAUGAACAAACCAGAGACUGCUGAGGUACUGCGGGAGAUUAGGAGUCUGCAGGAGGCCGAAAUCAAUCGAGAGAAUGCCCCAGCAAUGAAAUUUCAACAGCACACAUUACCCCUGAAGAGCGAGGCUGACAGUAUUCCAGCGACACCAUUCCAGGAUCAACUGAAGAGCGUUAAUCCCAUUGUGCCUGAAGUUGUGAAGACUGCUGUGACCAGGCAAAGCUCGAAUGACAAUCCUGAAUCAAUUCAGGAUAUGAGAAAUCAGUUCUCUGUCACUGACACAAGGGACUACCUAAAUUCAAUGAAUCAGCAGAAAAUUUCAUACUUGCCGCAAUCACAAUCGCAGAUGAGGUACUCACAGAAUACAUCGCCAUCUCAUUCUUAUUCAUCACCACCGAUGGUUCAGGGAUAUCCACAGACUUAUACGUCUCAUCCCAGGAACCAGGGGAUUCCUGUUUCGCAAACGUCGAAGCCAUCGAGUCCUUAUACCGUUCAAAUGCAGUAUCAGGGAAAUGCCCUUCAGCAGAAGGCGCACACGAAUGGUCAUCCUAUUGGUCAUCCUGGUUACUCUCAGUUGGAGCACAAUCAAAUGAAUAGUCAAAUGAACAGCCAGAUGAACAGACAAGUGGGACAGGGACAUUUAAAUACACAGAGUCAGAGACUCUCAAGUCACAACUCCAGUCCAAUUACUGUUCAGUAUAAUCAGCAGUAUUUCCAUCAGCCCAUAGAGUCAUCGAAUUCCUAUCAACAAUUCAUGAAUUCCAAUCAGCCAAAUCAAGUGAAUGGUUAUCAGGGUUAUCAACAGGUGAAUGGACAGGUGAGGAUUAAUCAGCAAUUGCCGCAGUAUCAACCGCCACCCAAUCGAGUUGUUCAUCCUCACUCUCAAGGCCAAGGUUUACCCCCUCAGAAUCAUCAGCAGUUGCCGAAGAAUCAGGGCUAUCAGCCCAGGGUCGAUGCCUAUCAGAGACCUCCGCAGAAAGAUCAGCAGAAUGUACUCGCACCUAAUCAGACUUAUCCGCUUUCCAUGCAGAAUGGACAGAUUCAAUCGAACAUGAAGUAUCCGAACUAUCAACAUCCACCCAUGCCGAAACUGGGUAAACAGGUGCAGGGCAGUGGUAAAGGGCAAAAUAGUGGCUUAAUAUCACCGCCUCUGCAGAAGACACCGCAGCCAAUUGGUGGAGGUAAGACUGUCCCCUGCAAUUUGUGUAGAAAGAAACCCGUCACGGAGUCCGCCAUUUAUUGCACCGAUUGCGAUUUUUAUAUGUCACGGUUUCGACCGAAAAACUAAAUGUUCAGUGAAAAAUAAUUUUUACAACGAUCCAGGGCGGGAAUUCGUUCAGCAGCUCCUGGUGAGGUGCUCACAAGAAAGUUCUAUAGAAAUUAUCGCGAUAGAAUGAGUAAUAUGAGAAAAUUGAAUUUAAUUCACUUUUUUCUGUGGAAUAUUUCCAAUACUAUUGUCUGCCGAACUUUUUUUUAUUAAUUGUUUUUCGUGCGUGAUAUUUCUUAUCAGUAUGGAAAGACGGGAUUUAGAAUUCUGUGAUCUCAGAAUUUUCGCUUAUCCUGUUUCCUUGUUCGAAUGGUGUGCUUUUGCAAUAAAAUUUUUAGUACUAUAUUUUGAUAAAACUAUUGAAGCAAUCUGUAUUAAUUCUAAUUAAUUUUUUUGAAUUUUGUAUAAUGUAUAUUUUUUAAUCAAAUCACUGUUGAUUGUUGAUUGGAGGUAAUUUGUCUAGGAGAUCACUGUUGAUUGUGAAUCGCAGUCUCACAGUCUAAAUUAUGUAUUUGCAAUUUGUAGAACUUCGUUCAUUGAUCAGGGAAAUUGAUGACGAAUUUGCUGAUGUUGAAUUUUCCUUUCGAUCAAUGAGAAACUUGUGAUAGUAACUGAAAUGUGCAGCUCGAUCGACUCGUCGAUCAAUCUUUACGAUUUUACAAAUUAAGGUAUGGAAAUUCAUUCCAUGGUCACAUUUGUGCCUUAUUUCAACGAAUAUAUGUUUUGGAAUACUGUAACUAAACUAUAAUUCGAUAGAUAUUUGAGAUUACUUCUUCGAAUAAGAAAUGCUAUCAAUAAAGUGAAUGUUUUAGUUAUAAUUGAAGGAUAGAAAUGAUAAUUGUAUUUCUAACACAAAUUUUGACGUCCACUUUUACAUUGUUUACGUAUAGUAAUAGAAAUUUCUUGAAAUUAUCAAUAAUGAGGAAAUGUAUCAAUCGUUUUGUAUAGAAAAUAUGUAAUUAUACAUAAGUACAUGAGAAUUAUGAGAAUUGUGAUACUAGGCAUCUUCCGUAGAACAUGAAAUGUGUCUUCUAAUUUUUAGGAUUACGAAAAUCAUUAAUAUAAGUCAUAGAACGUGGAAAAAAACUUGAUCUCUUCAGCGAAUGCGCAAAAUAUGCUCUGGAUGGUUAUUAAUUUCCUGAUUUGUCUAUAUUUAAGGAACAUGUACAAAUUUUUCCAACGUUUGUAACUCUUUUCUUUGU